AUGUUGCCCUAUAACUUAUCGUGGAUACCUAAUAAUAUGCAUAAAUCACAUAUACGACCUGUCUUACGAUGUGCAAUUUGUGCUUGGAUCUCUCUGUUGUUGACUUUAAUACCUCGUACCGAAGCAUUUCUUGGUAGAUCUAGUUUUAUUAUACUAUUAGCUGCAUUUUUAUCGCCCCCUUCAGACCCCUUUAUCUCCGUCCUCGAGAAGGAAACCGUUAUUCAGUUGACGGUAUCAGGUGCAUAUGCAUGGAGCUGUCUAGGCGUAUGGCUCGCGAAUUUGGCUCGUAAUGAGUUCAAUCCAAGUGUUAGUGAACACGAGAUCCUUAAUGGUCGAUACAUUGAAGCAAUACCUAGCCUCAUAUGCGCGAUAUUUUUGUGCAUCGGAACAUCGAUAUUGCUCUAUCUGCGAGCUAAAAUGGGUCAAGGCAAACCAGUCACUGCUGCAAUGAUCCUUAGCUGCACGGUGAUGGAUUCUUCGUUGACUCUUGCACCAUUGUAUCCCUUUCCGAAUUACCAGAUCGGUGAAGCUUUAGUCGUGCCAAUCGCUUUCCAUACUGCCAUUGCACUUCUUUCUUCUUUAUUGAUUUUUCCAGAAUCAAUGCAUGCGCAGUAUCGUCAGCGUUUCCGUGCUGUCUUCUUACCUCUAGUUAGUGCCCUUAGAGGACAGCCGACGCUUCUGAAAACUUCUUCGGAUUUCUUGGGUACUGCGUUCGAAGAUGGUGUCGAGAGUUUUGCCUCGCAUGUGCAACAGGCGGAAGCUGCUCUUGGUCCACUUGCAGCUUCAAGUCGUCUGAUGAAGAAGGACGUUUCUUAUGGCCGUUUCAAACCAGGUGAUUUCAAGACCAUGCACAAACUCGCUCGGCGAAUGACUGUUCGCGCAAACGGGAUGGCAUUUUAUUUUAAGAUUAUGGAUCCAUCGAGGCAUAGGUUUCCCGGAACACCAGCUGCGACACCGAUGUAUUCAUGUCCACCAUCACGGCAAACUUCACGUCCUUCUUCACGUCCGUCGUCUCGACCUGGUUCCUUACCAUCAUCCCCAUCCACUCCAAGCAUUGAACCGCGCAGACCUGCGUCGACGUAUAGUUCAAGUAUCACACGGCGACGGCGUACCCCGUACACAUAUGCUAACGCGCAAAGUUACUUCCAGUCACAUCAUCACCCUCAUCGCCACACACGUGCAAGUGGAAGCGAGCUUUUUCAAGAGAUGCGGACUCGAGGCCCUGAGCAUGCUGUGGGUGCAUUUGAGUCACAAGCUUAUCUCAAUCUCGAAGCGCGUUUCAUGCACGCCGAUGCUGAUACUAUUCGCGCGCAAGCAAUGGGCCUUCUGGCUGAGAGUGCUCAACCCCUCCUCUUGCGCUGCGCGGAUACACUUGAAUACGUGAACGAAUGGCUGCAACGCGUGAACGAUGACAGACUAUGGAAGCGCCUCGUGAAGCGAAGCGGGGUGCGGAAGUGCGGGGAUAUUGUCGAGGAGAAUAAUGAGGUCAGAACAGAUCUCCUAGCUUGCUUGAAAGAAUUCCAAAAGAACAGACGGCAUCGCGUACUCGACUUAUACCGUGAAGUGAUUGAGGCAGGUGACGACGGAAGUCCUGGAGGGGAAGAUGUUCCACCACAUCGAUAUCUCUUCCAGUGCUACCUUUAUCAAUACCAUCUCAUUCGUUUCACAAUAAACCUCAUUGACUUUUUAGGUGAGAUAAGUAGGCUGGAGUCAUCUCGUCUCCGCAGCCACUUGUGGUUACCUACACAUCCGUUCCGAAAACUCUUUACGUGGGACAGAUGGGAUCCUUCCGACAAUAAUAUCAAUCCUGAAUAUGACGAGGAUCCAGAGCUUGUCUCAGGGAUUGAGCCAGCACCAGAAGCAACUAGUCGACUUGGAUCCUGUGCACGGCGCGAUCCAGACGCUUUACCUCCGACUAGCGCACUUGCGGUAUUCGCGAGAGCCGUGUAUUGUGCAUUCACUGCACUCGGUCAUGGAAAUUCUAUCUUUGCAUUUAAAGCUGGGUUCAUGGCAGCGUUGUUGAGCUUGCCGUGCUUUCUCCCACAGACAGUGACAUUGACAAUUGCUAAUAGAUCUGUUUGGGCUAUCGUACUUGGACAGACAACUAUUAGCAGGUUCCGAGGCGAUACUAUGUUUGGGCUCAUUUCACGUAUCUUCAGUACAUUCUUCGGAGGUGUAGUAGGGAUGGCGAUGUGGUAUGUCUCCUCCGGCAGAGGAACAGGGAAUGCAUUUGCUCUGGCAGCCGUUUCUGCAGUCUGUUUUCCCUUUUUCUUCUUCGCCAGGAUACAUUACCCAGGUCCACCGAUUAAUGUCAUCUUUUUCUUCUUGACCGCUUCGCUUGUGAUUUCGUAUUCCUGGCAGGACACGCAUUUCCCGUCGAUAACUGUUGCAGGAUUUGGGUUUGAAGUGGCAUGGAAACGUUUCCUUAUGGUGUCGAUUGGAGUGACCGUAGCCUUUAUAUUCUCCUUCCUUCCGCCCUCAACAACUCUGCGCCGCUACCUGCGCACGACAUACUCUACAACUGCGAGUCAAAUCGGUCAACUGUAUUGCGAUAUUCUGUCGUGUGUUACAGUCCGUGACAAAGUGAAGACGGAAGAGCUUGUCAAGAACCUCGCCGCCGUUCGUAUGAAGCUUAAUAGGACAAGGGCGUUACGGAAGAACGUCACCUACGAGUUCUCAUUGCAAGGGAAAUGGCCUGCGGAUCGAUACCAGAGAGUGCUCGACAUUCAAAUGGAAAUCGCGUAUCUCCUCUCACAUCUGCGUUCCGUGGAGGAACAUCUCGACCCAGAAUGGGCACGCGCAUUCUUACGAAGGACUCGUUUUAUGGAGCCAGACUUUCAAGGUGAUAUCCUAUCUGUAAUCUGUAUGAUCUCAAUCGCACUUCGCACCGGUGCUCCACUCCCGCAGAUCACUCCAUGCCCUUUGCUCGAUCGUUUUGUUACGCAUCAUGAGGAUCUUGAUGAUUAUGGUCUCCCUCGACUGCUCACUAUUGAGACACUCGAGAACGAACAGUAUCUAUAUUUCAGCGUCGGCGUUGCCACUGCAUUUGGUAUUAUAACGCGCCUCGAUAGACUAAUGCAUGCUACGAAAGAACUAGUCGGCGAACACUACCAUAUUUCCGGUAUACUCGACAUGUCGCGCAAAAAGGCAUCGGAAAAGACAUACCUCUGA